GUCGACGGCUCCAAGCAAGUGAUGUUCCAACUGUCGCGCUUUCUCGGCCCUUUGAUGAGUCAUCUUGCCUAACCUAUUGACCAAGAAGACGAUCUAGUUUUGAAGCACACCCCUUAGGCAGGUCUAUUUACGUUUGCGAUAGAGAUUGGCGCUGCUGAGUCGACAACAGCGACGACGUAGGGCCCUCGUCCCAGUGGCCCGAAGCACAUGCGUACUAGAAGAUUACUUUCUCCUCAGGAAACAAAGAAAUAGCCAUCGACCAUCUUUCCCAGUCUCUCUCAAGAGGAGAAGCGAGAAAGUGUCAUUAAGUCACCCAAGAAGCAAAGGAAGAGUAAAUAUUCCACAAUGACCACCACCACCACCUUCUCCUCUGUCAUCCCGCACGAGAGCAGCAACCCAUCGACCAACAUCCAAAAACCCAGCCCCUCAAUAGCAAUCCGUCCCGCCCUCGUAACCGACGCCCCAGCCCUCGCCCGUCUGCGCGAGCGCGCCUUCGGCACCGGCGCCCUGCAAAAGUCCUCCUUCCCGUCCGAACGCGCACUCACCGCCACCGAACAAGCCGAAUACCUGGCGUGGCGCACCGCAAGGCUAGCCGCAAGGACUUCACGGGAGGACUAUCAUGUGUGGAAGGCGGUGGAUGAAGGAAGGGACGGCGAGAUCGUGGGGUGUGUUGCGUUGAAAAGUCCGGCGGGGUCGAGGGCGAGGGCGGAGAAGAAGAUGUUCGCGGCGGCAGUGGCGAAGGGAGAUGAGGUGGGUACGGGGUUGCUGGAGAAGGCGGGAGGGGAUGUGCUGCCACCCAAGGCGCAGAGAUACGAGGGUGCUCCGUCGUGGAUGAAUAUGGCCGCGUUCUCGGAGAUGGAGGCCAAGGCGAAUGCGGCGCGGGAGAAGUUCAUCGGGGAGAGGGAGGUUUGGUAUGUUCAAGGAUUGUUUGUCGAUCCCGAAUUGCAAGGCCAUCGCAUCGGCAGUCGUCUUUUGCAACAGGGCUUGGAAUUCGUCGAUCGGGACGGGUUGGAGUGUUAUCUUGAGGCCUCACCCGAGGGUGCCAAUGUGUACCGGCGACUCGGAUUCGAAGUGGUUGAGGAUAUGCCGUUGUCUGGAGGAAUGUUCAACAUUUCAUUCAUGAUUCGUCCAGCGCAGCAAUCUAGUUGA